AUGAGCAAUAGACUACCGGCCUGGGAACCACUCAAAGGAUGGGUGAGUCUGUCUGUACCAAGUCUGUCAGAGUCUGCACAGUUGAAAGGGGUGCAGUAGUGGUGCGCGGUUCAGCUGUUUGUUCACCUGCCUGCAAUUGCUAAUAACCCAUCCGCAACCGCCCGACUAUAUGUGAUAAAGUGAAAAUAUGAGGCUUACACCCGGCCCUAACCCGCUAAUAUAGAAAAUGCCUGUAGGCUACAGUCAGAGACAGCGGAACUAAUUUCUGACGGGGGGUGCAGGAUUUUUUUAGCCUGAUUUAGAUAUUUCUGCUUAUAACUUCCAACAUUCUGGUAGGCUAUCUGUUAGUCAACUUGUCUAUAAUUAGAUACAUGCAGCUUCUCUUCUGUCAUUAUAUAUGUUUCCCUAGAAGACUAAAUAAACCCUUGCUCACCAUCUGGUUGACAUUGGUAAAGUUUUCUGUCAUCUUUGCUUCUUUCGCGGAGAAAAUACGUUUAGGGACCGGGGAGAAAAUGUACUCUAAAAAAGCAGAAAAGGUUUUCUGUGCAACAUUUUAAAAAUGACAAGAUUUCAGUUCGGCUUGGAUGCGUAUUUUAUGUGGUUGAAAUAGCCUGCUAUCAGCUUUUAUGAUGCUGAUAGAGAUAGCACCUCUACAGACUGUAUCUAACUGCACAUUCAUAUUCUCUCAAGAUGCUGACAGAAAUAAAUCAUAUUUCUCCACUCCUGUUCCAGAGUCAAAAUGUUGCCUCCAUUUGGUGAAUCAUUUUACAGCAAGAAAUGCUUAAUUCUGCAGGAGUUAAUAUUAAGGCAAUGUGAGAGGUUAUAGACCUACAGUCAGUGUCCAGAUUUCAGUUUCCAUUUAACCUAUCUGAACAGUAGGCUACAGUUCCCUUGACCUGCCAUUGGCCUAUUUGAAGUCCCUGUCUUGUGACUGUUGAAUUUGUAUAGAGCCUCACAACCAUCACACAUAAUAUAGCUGACACUGCUAUCAUCCUCUUUUACCACUUCACCAAAUCUUUCCCAAACAUGUAUUUUCUGGCCCUCCCUUCUGUUUAUCUUCAACUCAACAUUUCACAGCUUUUCUCUUAUUGAAUUAAACUCCCACAUUGUCCUUUCUGCCUCCAUGUAUCGACGUUAACUUUUUCUGCCCGUUCCCAAAAGCAUUUGGCAAUUGGCGUGUAGGCUAUUUGGCAUGUGUACAGUUAGGCCCUAAAGCUCAGGCUUUCGCACUAAUGCCAAAUAGCCUAAAAGAAUGAAAGAAAAACCUCAAUGUAGCCUAUAUAUAUAAAUUGCACAAGAACGAUACAUGAAUGGUUUUUUUAAGGCAUUGUUUUCUCUUUAAUCUGCCCGCCACCCGCCCGCCCUUCAUCCACACCAUAUUUAAUGACCUUAAACCUGCCCACCCCGCGGAUAUAACCGUGGGGACUGCGGGUUGAGUCAACCCGCUGAUAUAACCGUGGGGACUGCGGGUUGAGUCAACCCGCUGAUAUAACCGUGGGGACUGUGGGUUAUAAGUCAACCCGCUGAUAUAACCGUGGGGACUGCGGGUUAUGAGUCAACCCGCUGAUAUAACCGUGGGGACUGCGGGUUAUGAGUCAACCCGCUGAUAUAACCGUGGGGACUGCGGGUUAUGAGUCAACCCGCUGAUAUAACCGUGGGGACUGCGGGUUAUGAGUCAACCCGCUGAUAUAACCGUGGGGACUGCGGGUUAUGAGUCAACCCCCUCAUAAAUAGUGUACAGGUGUAGUUUGCACAUCCAGCAUAUUCCCAGUCGCAAGGAGAAAAUAAAAAACUGCAUUUGAAAAAGAAAGAAACUCCAGUAUAUACAGUGGUGAGAAGUAUUUGAUACACUGCCGAUUUUGCAGGUUUUCCUACUUACAAAGCAUGUAGAGGUCUGUUAUUUUUAUCAUAGGUGCACUUCAACUGUGAGAGACAGAAUCAAGAAAAUCACAUUGUAUGAUUUUUAAGUAAUUAAUUUGCAUUUUAUUGCAUGACAUAAGUAUUUGAUACAUCAGAAAAGCAGAACUUAAUAUUUGGUAGAGAAACCUUUGUUUGCAAUUACAGAGAUCAUACGUUUCCUGUAGGUCUUGACCAGGUUUGCACACACUGCAGCAGGGAUUUUGGCCCACUCCUCCAUACAGACCUUCUCCAGAUCCUUCAGGUUUCGGGGCUGUCGCUGGGCAAUACGGACUUUCAGCUCCCUCCAAAGAUUUUCUAUUGGGUUCAGGUCUGGAGACUGGCUAGGCCACUCCAGGACCUUGAGAUGCUUCUUAUGGAGCCACUCCUUAGUUGCCCUGGCUGUGUGUUUCGGGUCGUUGUCAUGCUGGAAGACCCAGCCACGACCCAUCUUCAAUGCUCUUACUGAGGGAAGGAGGUUGUUGGCCAAGAUCUCGCGAUACAUUGCCCCAUCCAUCCUCCCCUCAAUACGGUGCAGUCGUCCUGUCCCCUUUGCAGAAAAGCAUCCCCAAAGAAUGAUGUUUCCACCUCCAUGCUUCACGGUUGGGAUGGUGUUCUUGGGGUUGUACUCAUCCUUCUUCUUCCUCCAAACACGGCGAGUGGAGUUUAGACCAAAAAGCUCUAUUUUUGUCUCAUCAGACCACAUGACCUUCUCCCAUUCCUCCUCUGGAUCAUCCAGAUGGUCAUUGGCAAACUUCAGACGGGCCUGGACAUGCGCUGGCUUGAGCAGGGGGACCUUGCGUGCGCUGCAGGAUUUUAAUCCAUGACGGCGUAGUGUGUUACUAAUGGUUUUCUUUGAGACUGUGGUCCCAGCUCUCUUCAGGUCAUUGACCAGGUCCUGCCGUGUUGUUCUGGGCUGAUCCCUCACCUUCCUCAUGAUCAUUAAUGCCCCACGAGGUGAGAUCUUGCAUGGAGCCCCAGACCGAGGGUGAUUGACCGUCAUCUUGAACUUCUUCCAUUUUCAAAUAAUUGUGCCAACAGUUGUUGCCUUCUCACCAAGCUGCUUGCCUAUUGUCCUGUAGCCCAUCCCAGCCUUGUGCAGGUCUACAAUUCUAUCCCUGAUGUCCUUACACAGCUCUCUGGUCUUGGCCAUUGUGGAGAGGCUGGAGUCUGUUUGAUUGAGUGUGUGGACAGGUGUCUUUUAUACAGGUAACGAGUUCAAACAGGUGCAGUUAUUACAGGUAAUGAGUGGAGAACAGGAGGGCUUCUUAAAGAAAAACUAACAGGUCUGUGAGAGACGGAAUUCUUACUGGUUGGUAGGUGAUCAAAUACUUAUGUCAUGCAAUAAAAUGCAAAUUAAUUACUUAAAAAUCAUACAAUAUGAUUUUCUGGAUUUUUGUUUUAGAUUCCGUCUCUCACAGUUGAAGUGUACCUAUGAUACAAAUUACAGACCUCUACAUGCUUUGUAAGUAGGAAAACCUGCAGUGUAUCAAAUACUUGUUUUCCCCACUGUAGGUAAUCUUGACCCAAGAUAUCUCCGAACAAAAGUGGUUUGUGUGUCACUAACAGCCACUCUGAUCUCUCUGUCCUUACUUGAUCUUAAUCUUGAUAUCUCUCCCUCUCAUCCCCAGCCCCUGGAGCUGAUCUGUGAGAAGGCCAUAGCCACGUGUAACCGGCCGCUGGGUGCAGGGGAGGCCCUCCGUAGAGUCAUGGAGUGUCUCGCCUCAGGAAUCCUGCUCCCAGGUACAGUACCUACCAGUUUCUCUAUUUCUUUCUUUCUUCCUUCUCUCUCAAUCUUCUCGUUCUUCCUCUUUAUCUCUUUGUCUUUCUCGUUCUAUCUAUCUGUCUGUCUAUCUGUCUGUCUGUCUCUACUCUCUCUUUCUCUCUUCCCUGUUACGAACAGAAAUGGGAAAACAACAAUCCUGUUAA